CUUCUCUUCUCUUCUCUCUCUCUCUCACUCCUCUCUCUAUAUAAACCAUAUCAGCUCCACCGUUUACCCUCAAUUCAGUCGUAGUUCCGUCAAACUCUUUUGAACCCAAAAAUCUUGGAGCUUUUUGGACUGGUGGGUCAAAAGCUUCUCCAUGGAUUCUCAGGUGUUGGUGGCUCUCGCGCUCUCACUCGUGGGUGGACUCAGUACUUCACUCGGUGCGCUUUUUGUAAUUGUCAAUGAAACUCCUAAUUUGAAGAAGCUCGGGCUUUUACAGGGUUUUGCCGCAGGUCUGAUGCUAAGCAUAUCAUUCCUAGAUUUGGCUCACAACGCUAUAAACUCAAUUGGCUUUUUAAAAGCCAACCUAUGGUUUUUUGGAGGUGUCAUAUUCUUUGCUAUCAUUGCCAAUUUUAUCCCAGAACCAACUCUUGCUCCUAUUUCAAAGAAAAGUGGAGAUGAAGGGGGCAAGGACACUUUGAAAAAGCAUCGACGUCAAGUUUUAUUCAGUGGGAUAGUAACAGCAAUAGGCAUAAGUUUACACAAUUUUCCGGAAGGAAUGGCUGUGUUUCUUGGAUCAAUGAAGGGCCUUCGUGUUGGUGUCAACUUGGCCUUGGCCAUUGCCUUACACAACAUCCCAGAGGGCGUUGCUGUGGCACUUCCUGUGUACUUUGCAACUCAGAGCAAAUGGCAGGCAUUCAAAUUAGCAACGCUUUCUGGUUUCGCUGAGCCUUUGGGUGUCGUAAUUGUAGCCUAUCUAUUUCCGAGCAGCUUGAGUCCUGAAAUUCUUGAAGGCCUGCUGGGAUCAGUUGGUGGAGUGAUGGCUUUUCUAACGCUGCAUGAGAUGCUGCCCUUGGCGUUUGAUUAUGCGGGGCAGAAGCAAGCAGUCAAGGCCGUGUUUUUGGGAAUGGCCUUCAUGUCUGCAAGCCUAUAUUUUCUUGAGAUCAGCCUGCCUCAGGAGAUGAGCUUGUAGCUGCAUUCUACAGGUCCUGCCCGAUAGUAUUGUCAUUGUUCAACUCUGUACUCCCAUGAUGGGCAACUGGCACUGAAUACCUGUACUGUUUUUAGACCCGCGCGUUGAUAGCUCAUAUGGUUUCGGCACAAAGAAGGUUUUACUGUGACCGUCCCGAAGAUAGGAGUUCAUACUCGGUAUAAGAGAAAUGUACUUGUCCAUUAAAAGGAUGUAAAAUAGUGUAUGGAACUUGAUUUCUUCAAUAAAGUCUACUCUUUCAUUUA